AAACCAUAGUGACAUGAUGAGGCAGAGCUGGCAGCCGAGAAUCUGCUCGGAUGGUGUUUGGUGGAGUGGAUGCCCGCCUGCCAGCGGCGUGCAGGCCAGCUGGGUCGCCCCAGGGGUGGAGACACGCGCCGUCCCCCGCCGGCACCUCCCAGGACAGGAACGACCACCGCAGCCGUGGAUGCGGUGGUCGUGGGAUCCACAGGAGGACCUCUAGCACUCACUGGAGGGAUUCAGAGCUGAAUGGGCCCUUGUAGGACUGCAAAUCAGAACGUCCGAGGCCACGGACCUCUGCAGGUGAAGGACGGCAUGCUCCUUUCAGCGUUCCAGCAGAACCACAGCCGCCUGAAGCUGCCGCAUGUCUUUACUGGCAAAACGCUGUCGUCACUUCCUGUGCUGCCGCACACUUUCCAUGACAACUGAACCAGGCUAUAAAAGUAAGUUUCACUAUUUUUGCAGUAUUUUUCAGAAUUUUGCUCACCAGAGUGCGAGAGUGUGUGUGCUCACAGAAAUCAGACCAGCGCCUUUGGCUUCUCAUUUCAAAUACCGUGGGAUGUUCCUGACUCACUGUGUGAUGGGAUGGACUGUGUUGGCAGUCCUCAGCCUCUGUCCUCCUGUGUGGAGUAUUGUGAAGGUGACGCAGCCGUACAGAGUGCUGAGCACCGACGGUACGGCACAGAUCUCGUGCGUCAUCCACCCCCGGCCUGCCUUCCACCAGCCGGAACUCUCACAGGAUCAACACCAGCGGUAUCCCUACCCGGACCCGAAGGACCUGCGGGUGGCGCUGUUGAAAGGUCUCCAUGGGAAGCAGGAACUCUGCUACACGAGGUUCAGCGUUAACGAGAUUAAGCCGACAGAAGGGAGGGGUGAAGGAGAGGUGCAGUGCUCAGCUCUGGCCCGAGGGGGGGCAGUGGAGGUGACGGUGACGGGUCUGAAGGCCGCAGACACGGACAUCUAUCGCUGUGAGAUCGAGGUGUCCUAUCCGCCGCCAUUCCUGAACUUCACUGGAAACGGCACGCUCAUCCAUGUAGCAGACAGUCCCCACUGUCCUGCACAGAUGGCUCAGAAGCAGAUGGGGCAAGGUGCAGAUGAUGAUGCCGAGGACGAGGAGGAGGAGGAGAAUGAAAUAACUACACCUACCAGUGUUCCCGUGGUCAUCCUGGUGAUAGCCAUCAUCUGUGUCCUUGUCGUAAUCUUAACCUUCCAGACUCUCCAGUGUGAACGAGGGAGGAAGAAGGUUAUCUGGACGCUGCCGCCCAUCGACCAUCGUAAAGUGGAUGCUGUGUCGUUUCUGAGUGAAGAUAUUGCAUAAAAAAAAACUCACAAAUGUAUCAAACAGUCAAACAUGUUGGGAAAGUGUGUUUGUGUGUGUGUGCACAUGCUUGAUUUUCUCGACUGUUGGUGAAUGAGUGAGUUUUCCUUUAAAACAACUGAUAGAAAAAGAAAAUGAAAAGAAUCUUUGGCUGUUUGUGAAUAUCAUACUUAUUUAAGUACAAAAUACUGUUUACAUUUUCGUAAACAUAAUUGUAUCAAAGCUGUGGCUUUGACCGCGUUGAGUUGUAAUGACUUGAAUUGUUGACUUGCAUGUGCUGAGGUGUGACAACCUGACCAGUCAUCUGAAGAAAGGACCUAUGGCUUCACACAGCGACUCAUAAAGAAGCUCCCAAGAGCCAAUAUUCAAAUCAACCAACAUGGCUGCAGAAUUGCUGAUCACACCUUGAAUUAACCAAAUGUUACUGAAAAACCAUCAUUCAUUGGUGUUUCUGCUCGACUGCAGUUGUUUUGGACGUCUUUAGUUGAUACCAGCCCGGCAGUCGCUCUGUCUGUCACAUCCUUCUUUUCUCUGAUUGGUGGUUUGUGUAUCCACUGACCUGCAUGAGGCAGUUUUAUUCUGCGUCUGUUGCUCCCGCUCCCUGGAAGUUAAAGUUGAAUCCAGAAGAACCAGACACAUUUUUUGCAUUGAGGAGGAGAAGAAUCAGGAUGGCUGGCCGGGCUGGAAGUGACAGGGCUGGUACUGGGAUUUCUACGUAUAAAAAAAAAAAAAACUGGUCAGAUUACAGGAGUUGAAGCGGUCAGAGGGUGUGAUUUGAAUCAUAAAAGGUUCAGAAGUGAAUUUUUCAUGCCUGAACGUUUUGCUGCCAGCAAAGAUUCAUGUGUUCACGUUGAAUAUUUCCUUUAAAAUAUAAUGUCUUUGUUUUAAAGGGCGGAUUUAUACAUAUAUACAGUACAGACCAAAAGUUUGGACACACCUUCUCAUUUAUACAAUUGGGGAACUGUGUCCACACUUUUGGUCUGUACAGUAUAUAUACAUAUAUAAAUAUAUGUAUGAUUUUCCUCAUCACUUCACCUCAGCAGAUUGUUCUAAAAUGAACCAUAAAUGUAGCUUUGGGACAGAGCUUUUUACACCACAGACAGAGACAGAAUAUUCAAAAAAGCACAGCUGCUGGUAUUAUUGUUGUCAUUUCUAUAUUUGGACACAGAGCUCUCAUGUAAUCAUGUAACUCAUGUAAUCAGUUCCUCUUACAUCUCAACUACUGUUAAACCAUCACAUGUGACCAUCUUGGGGUUGUUUCUUUCCAUUUACCUAUUGUUUUGUUAAUAAAGUGUAAU